AUGGGUGCUCUAUGUUGCCGCUUGGCAGCCGUUCACCCGAUCAUCUUUCGUUCACCACAUGCAUCGUAUGAGAAGCUCGAUCUACGAAUCUCUCCUUGCGCCAUCAAACCAUCACGCAUCAUUUCUGGUCGACAGGACAAAGCCCCUUUACCAGAGAACAACACACAGAAAGGCUUUGUCGGCAUUGCGCCACACGACGAGACAAAGCACCCCAAGCACUUUUGCAAAGGGCGCGUUUCCACUAGCGUGCCCAAAAACAAGGGCAUUAUGCGAGGCAAUAGCACGCUCGAAGAGAACGUGAUAUAUCAGCAUGAGCAAACUUAUGCGCACAUCCUCGCACGAAUCAUCGAAAACAAAAACAUGACUGCCAAUCAAGAAAUUGCCGAAGCCACCAGUGUGGCCACGAUGCGUAGUCGUCUCCAGGACCUCCCACAAGAACUCUACAAUGAGAUCUACGACUUUACCUUUACCGCCGACGCCAAGAUCCGGGUCUCCAUCUCGCUCGACUCGACCAUGCCGUCGGCGGAAUGGAUCGCCAAACGAUACCCAAGCCACCUUGUUGGCGUCAAUGAGCAACUUCCAGACCUAUCUCGCGUUGAUCGACACAGCCGCCAGAAAUUCUUGAAAUCCUACUUCGGCAAUCCAGACUCCAUGUUCGUUGUAUGUGGCUUCAAAGAGAUACAGAACUGGGCUCUGCUUAUGGACCCAGAAAUGCUUGCGCUUCUUCCAAAGAUUUACUAUCUUGGCUUCUUGACCGAGGGUCUGCGCGAGAUUCUGCGGCAGCGUAUCGACAUAGAAUUUGCGAAUAAGGUGGAGAGCAUCAGCCAUCUGCGCUUUCGAGAAGUUUUGGAUGCUCGGGUCAAAAAGCACGAGGAGAGAUCCGUUGCAGGCCAGCUUGGCGCUUCUGCCGUCCCUCGGCAAGCAUUCGCUGGAGACGAGUAUGGAAGGGAGACUUUCAAUGUCAGAGGCGCCCCUCUGCGCCGCAAUGGUAGACUGGUUCAUCCGAACCCGAGAGCGCCCUCACUUCGAGCCAGAAGAGCACUGCGCGAUAUCAUCUUUCCUAGAGGGAGGCACGGAGGAAGCGACCCAAGACGCUGA